CCCCAUCCAUCUGUCCUCCUCCUCCAGCAGCAGCCUGUCUUCAGACAUGGAGAGCUGGUAGAGGCGGCGCAGCAGCGGCGGUUCUCCCCUCCUCGCUCCGGUGGAUGUUGUUGUGUGUACCAUGAGGUCUCCGCGGCUCCGGUCGGCUCUGUGCCUCCUCCUCCUCACCGCCUCCUCCUGCUCCGCCACCAGACACGGUUGUUUGUUUGAGAAGAAACUUUGUCCCAGAGAUCAGCUGUGCGGUGAUGAUGGUUUGUUCGGACAGUGCCAGGCUCCUCACCAGGACCCUGUCCAGUACCAGGUGUCCGUCCCGGUCCUGCACAAGCUGCAGGAAGUCCUCAAAGACCUGAUGGUGCAGGGUCUGACCUGGAAGGACGACUUGACCCAGAUGAUCAUCAGUCAAGAGCUGAGUCAUGUUCCCACCGUCACUUCUAAACAUCAGCAGAAGUCGCCCGUACAGCUGUUGGGCCCCAGUCCACCAAAGGUUCAGGGUAAGGAGCCCUCUGGAGCUGAUCCAGAGAUGAUGCAGCAGUACAUGGACUACCUGGUGCUUGAUCCGUCACGGUCCUCCGUUCACAUGCAGACACCCCUGCUAGACCCGUACACCUACCACAAGCAGCAGUACGGCUACCAGGAUGAGGAGGAACGCUCCCUCAACUCCCUGGACGAUAACUCAGCCUUCCCUCACUCCAGAUCUCCAGGAAACUCUCUGGACCGGGACCGGAAGCUCCUCCAGGACUUGGUGUCGUUAUUACUCACCUCCCCUUCAUCGUCCUCAUCAUCCUCCUCUACCUCGCAGUCGCGCCUCAGAGGAGCAGCAGCAACAGGCCUUCCCUCUUCACUGGCCUCCUCCUCUUCCUCCUUCUUCCCAGAGCUGGACUUCCCUCUGGACUACGGCGAGGAUUACAUUUCCCAGGUAACACAGCUCCGCGAGCAGCCGCAGCAGGAGCAGGCGGAGAAGAAGGCGCAGAAGGAGUAUGACGUCCUGUCGGGACUGGACGAGCGCUCUCUGCAGAGACUGGCUCUGCUGCUCGACCACUACGGCCUGGACAUGAAGGAUUUGUCUGACGAGCAGAAGGAAAACCUGCCGGCUGCUCUGAAGCAGCUGCAGCUGGAGAGCUCCUCAUACGGCCAGAAGCAGAGCAAAGAUAAAUAUGGAAACAACGGCGAUUCUGGGAAGAAGGUUUCAGAAGGUUCAAUGGCCUACAAAAAGGUUGGACAGGAGGCUCCGCCCACCAACGUUAAACUAGGCGGGGCUCAGAAGGAGGCCACACCCACUGAUGGAUUGAACCAGGACAAAGCUGGACAGGAGGAGCCGGGGGGUCAGGUGCAGGAAUUCGGCUACAUCGUCACCAAUCAGAGCCUCCUCGGUUUGAACGACGGGGUGCGGCUGCUGGUGCUGCUGUCAGAGAGGAUCGGCCUCUCCACCGACUCCUUCAGCAACAUCAGUGUGGUGGGACCCGCCAUCACUUUUAGGAUCAGACCCAACUCCAAGAACCUGACGGCCGCAGACUUGGCCAACAAAGCAGUUGCAGAAAAAAACUUUUUGGAAUCUGAGGCAGGCCUGAAGGUGCUUCAGAGUGGUGUUGGAGAGAAAAAUGAACCGAAGUCAUUGCCCCUGGCAACAAAAGGACAGCCCAGCUCCCGCCGGGUGUUUGCAAUGCUGGUGGCCAUGGCCUGCUUUGGCAGCGUCCUGGUGGCAGCCAUGACCAUCGCCUGCCUGCGUCACCAUGCGCACAGACUGGCAGCAAAGAAGCUAGGCCUGGGACCAGAGGGAGGCAGCUUCAGCCACCAGGAGUACCAGGACCUGUGUCGCCAGCACAUGGCCUCCAAAGGCGCCUUUGGACGCCUGGAGGCUGCCGCCCUUGGUGCCGUGGGAGGAGCAAGUGGAGCAGGUGGAGGUGUUGCAGGAGGAGGUAUUGGUGCCGGGGGAGGAGUGGGAGGGGCAGCGGGAGGCGGAGGCACCGACUCAAGGGUGAGCAGUGUGUCAUCCCAGUUCAGUGAUGGUGCCCAGCCCAGUCCCAGCUCCCACAGCAGCACGCCGUCCUGGUGCGAGGAGCCAGCGCAGGCCAACAUGGACAUCUCCACUGGUCACAUGAUACUGGCUUACAUGGAGGACCACCUCAGGAACAAGGACCGUCUGAUGAAGGAGUGGGAGGCUCUGUGCUCCUACCAGGCCGAGCCCAGCGCCGUCUCCGUGGCUCAAAGCGACGCUCAUGUCAAGAAGAACCGCUGUCCCGACUCUGUGCCCUAUGACCACUCCAGAGUGAAGCUGAAAGCGGAAAUCAACCCUUCACGGUCCGACUACAUCAACGCCAGCACCAUUAUUGAACAUGACCCCCGGAUGCCGGCUUACAUCGCCACCCAGGGCCCCCUGUCACACACAAUCUCUGACUUCUGGCAGAUGGUUUGGGAGAACGGCUGCACCGUGAUCGUGAUGAUGACAGCUCUGGUGGAAGAUGGAGAAAAACAGUGCGAUCGCUACUGGCCUGAUGAAGGGUCUUCCCUCUACCACAUCUAUGAGGUCAACUUGGUGUCCGAGCACAUCUGGUGUAACGACUUCCUGGUGCGUAGUUUCUACCUGAAGAACGUGCAAACCCAGGAGACUCGCACGCUCACGCAGUUCCACUUCCUGAGCUGGCCGGCACAGGGCAUCCCCACCUCCACCCGCCCCCUGCUGGACUUCCGCAGGAAGGUGAAUAAGUGCUACCGAGGACGAUCCUGCCCCAUCAUUGUGCACUGCAGCGACGGUACAGGCCGCACUGGGACUUACAUCCUGAUUGAUAUGGUUCUGAACCGCAUGGCUAAAGGCGUGAAGGAGAUUGACAUUGCUGCAACACUGGAGCACGUCCGAGACCAAAGGCCCGGGAUGGUGCGCACCAAGGACCAGUUUGAGUUUGCGCUGACAGCGGUCGCCGAGGAAGUGAACGCCAUUCUCAAAGCUUUGCCCUAGUGAAAUCACCGUGUGACGGACUGAAGCCCCGUACUCAGACCUUUCUUUUCGCUGUGCUGAUGAAGAGUGGUGCUUCUUUCUGCACACCAGCUGAAACUAUGAACCUCACAACAUUACAAAAGAAGGCUUAUGUAUAGCUCAGAUAUGAUGUUUUAAAAGAAAAAAGAAACAACAGGGAGUUAUCAGAAUGGGGAAUUGUGUUGUUAAUUGGUUUAGAAUAUUAAAAAAAUAUUACCAUGAACUCUUCUCUUCUGACUGCAUGUGAAUGCACCACAAACCUUUAAACAUCACAUUUUUCUUCCCUAUGCCGUGUUAACCUUCUUUUCUUCCUUCUCUGUCUGGUUGAACUUGUGUUGCUGUUGAUUUCAGACUUAUAGAGGAAGCUAAAUAAAACAAAACACUUGCAUAUUGGAACGACUUUAAAAUUUCAGAAAGCUCAGAGUCCUUAAAAGAUGAAACUGAAUGUCCACCUCCUGCUGCAUCCCCUUCACACAACUAACCCUGCAGAAACAGAUAAAUAUUUGUUUGACUGUGUGCCAUUCGGAAGACGUUCUGUCUCUGGUUUGUUGUUGUUUACCUCAAGCAAAACAGAAAAUGAAAUGUAAAAAAAAAAAAAAAAUGCUAUUUUGUAUCUGUGAGUCCUAUAAUAAAUUUCUUGGUUUUUA